AAACUCGAAAAAUAGUUGCAAGACGGGAUAGAACUUUUACACCGCACGAACACCCGAUAUUUUCAUCAGUGGUGGCAUUAAUCGAGCAAUCGUAUAAUACGUUUUCAGUCGAUUGUAUACACAAGUAAAUAUCGAGAAAUAGGACCAUUAUCCUCUCGUCAUUUACGUUAUUAGGUCGCUAUGGAUUCUUCUUCUCCUUUAGCUGCUAUGCGUCCUGCCCCAGCUCCGGCUUGGGGACAGUCUUCUCAUUAUUUGCCGUCGCGAAACCCUUUCGCUUCCAGUAACAUGGGUAUUCGCGAGCAGUUGCAACGCACUAGACCUGACUACUUCAGCUUUGGUGCUGUCCGUGGCUCGUCUCCUGGUGCUAGUCUUGCUGCGGAUCUUUCGCAGAACUUCCGACUUGAUAGCGAGGAUAGUCCCCGUUUUCCAACUCCCCGCCGUGCUCUCUUUACUUCCAACAUGAUGGAAGCUAUCGAGAAACGUGCCCGAGUUAAGACGCCGCCCCCUGCCACGUCUUCUCCUGUACCAAUGGGCGAGUCUAUGGAUAUGGACAUGUCCCCGAUGCCGCAGAAGGAACCUUUCUUUAGCUCCUUCGAGAUUGCUUCUCCUACCCCCCAAGGAGCGGAUGAAGAUGAUAUGAUGAUAAUGGAUUCUCCUCUUCUGACGCGUCAAUCUUCUGCGGGCCUGGAGCCGUCGAAGAUGUUGUUUGACAGCCGUAAGCGGGCAGGAAUUCGUCGACCAUCUCUGACCCGAACGAAGGUUCACACGACAAGUUCCCUUCUGUCUACCCGAUUGCACCCAGAGAGCCAGAUAUCGUCUUUUCGCUUUGGCUCUGAGACGCGAUUCGGCGCGUCCACGUCUUCCGGGAUGUCUCCCAGCGAUUGCUUCGAGGAUUCCCCCCUUCAAGAUCGAGACCGCAGACCGCAGACCGCACAUAGCCCGUCCCCCGCUAACUCCGUGUCCCGGCCCAAACCUCGUUUUGCGGGUGCGAAUACGACCCAGGACAUUCGCAACGGUUCGCCUAUUCCCAGCCACGUUCGUCGGCUAUCGAACCCUUUUGCUCGAUCUCGUCGACCCUAUCGCCGGUCACUCAGCAUGUUCGACAGUCCGGAGGAUGUCUUAAAGGCUAGCUCCGAGGAGCCCAUGACUCAGAGCACUUUGCAAGCUGUCAUGGAUGUAGAAGAGCCACAAGAUCCUAUGCUACCUCACUUCUUCCCGGACGGUGAGAAUGACAACAUUCCUCGCAUCUCUAAGGCUACCUUCCUCGAUGUAAUGGAUGGCAAAUUCAACGAGUAUUAUACCCAGAAGAUGAUAAUCGAUUGUCGUUUUGAGUACGAAUAUGAAGGCGGUCAUAUCGAGACUGCUGUCAACUACAAUGACAAGGAGUUGCUUACACGACAGCUCUUCGAGAAUCCUAUGGAUGGUAAGACGCUUUUGAUCUUCCACUGUGAAUACUCGGCUUGCCGCGCGCCCAUGAUGGCCCGUCAUGUUCGCGCAUCCGACCGCAUGGUCAAUGCGGAAUGCUAUCCGCGGCUUACUUACCCGGAAGUAUAUAUCCUUGACGGUGGAUACAGCGAGUUCUUCAUCGAGCACCGCGAUCGAUGCUAUCCUCAAGCUUAUGUCGCCAUGGGCGCUGAGGAGCAUGCCAACACGUGUGAACGUGAGAUGGGCAAGUUGCAGCAGAAGCGCAAGGGCCUGGGCAGGGCCAAGACAUUCGCCUUCGGCCACCGAGACUCGAUGGUCGAUGCGUCUCCCACUGCUCCCUCGAGACGCUAUGAGCAUGAAUCGCCUAUCAUGAUGAUCGGUAACUCUCCAAUUCUAGGAAAUAGCCGAUCGCCUCGACGUAUGGCUUCUUAUUAGAGGAUCCCACGACUCUUAGAGUCGAAUUGGAGAAUGGCAUCUCCUAACUACGCCAUCUCUCAUGCUUCUUAUCAUACCCCGCCUCGUUUCUUUUUGAUUUUACGGUCUCAUAGACCACGUUGAUUAUACCCAGUUCUUCUUUCGCUUCAGCAUUAGACAGGCAUUUGCAUAGCAAACCGGUUGGUUGCAUUGCCCUGAGCUAUGUUGGAUCCGGCAUCUGAUUGCUCAAUGGCCGGUGGUUAUUCUUUUCUCUUUGUGUGUUAUAAAAGCAUGGCGUACGGUUAGGAAAUCCGGGUUUUACUUUGCUCUUUCUCUUUUUCUCCUAUUAAC